AUGGCCUCCUCGUCGUCAAACGUCGUAGGCGUCCACUAUAGGGUGGGAAAGAAGAUUGGUGAAGGAUCAUUCGGUGUCAUUUUUGAAGGCACCAAUUUACUGAACAACCAGCAAGUCGCCAUCAAGUUUGAACCACGGAAGAGCGACGCGCCGCAAUUACGAGAUGAAUAUCGUACAUAUAAGAUUCUUGUCGGAUGCCCUGGUAUCCCUAAUGUCUAUUAUUUUGGACAGGAAGGUCUGCAUAAUAUUCUUGUCAUAGAUUUGCUUGGACCCUCGUUGGAAGACCUGUUCGACCACUGCAACCGAAGAUUCACUAUCAAGACCGUUGUAAUGGUAGCGAAGCAAAUGCUCUCCCGAGUGCAAACCAUUCACGAGAAGAAUCUCAUCUACAGAGAUAUCAAGCCCGACAACUUCCUCAUCGGUCGUCCUGGGACCAAAGCCGCGAAUGUUAUUCACGUCGUCGACUUUGGUAUGGCUAAACAGUACCGAGACCCGAAGACAAAACAGCAUAUUCCGUAUCGAGAGCGAAAGUCCUUGUCCGGAACUGCCCGAUACAUGAGUAUCAAUACCCAUCUUGGACGCGAACAGUCACGGCGAGACGAUUUAGAAGCUCUCGGCCAUGUGUUCAUGUACUUCCUCCGAGGUGGGCUUCCGUGGCAGGGCCUGAAGGCUGCGACGAAUAAGCAGAAAUACGAGAAGAUUGGUGAAAAGAAGCAGACCACACCCAUAAAAGAUCUAUGCGAAGGUUUCCCAGAGGAGUUUAACAAGUACCUUACUUACGUGAGGAACCUCGGUUUCGAGGAUACCCCUGACUACGAUUACCUGCGUGAGCUAUUCACCCAAGCACUCAAGAACACUGGUGAGGUGGAAGAUGGCGAGUACGACUGGAUGAAGAUUAGCAAGGAGUCAUCCAAGGGCUGGGAUGCUAUGCACAAGCCUGGACCUUACCACAAUCCCAAUAAGCAGCCGGGUGUCUCUGCCAGAGAGAUGCACAACCAAUCUCGUAUCAAUGCCCCUGGCGGUUUACUCACGAGCGUUUAA